GUAGGAGUCGGGAUUACAGCCGGCAAAUGCAGCCAGAGGGACCCUGGAAGGAGGGGUGCAGGUAGGAAGAGAGAGGAAAAAAGAAGAAGAAAAAAACAAGGUGUGUUUAAUGGGAGGCCGGGAAGAAGAUCCAAGAAUUUCCAAACUCCAGCAGCUGACUCAGAUGUGCAUCCCUGCUCCGGCCAUCUGUCGCUGGCCGCUGACGGCCUCGUCCUGGGCAGCCGGAUCAUUUCUCACAACCUCAUUUUGAUGGAGUGGCUUCAAGAGCGCUGCUCGCACCAGAGGGGGGCAAAGGAGGAAGGCUGGGAGACAACGACAAGGGUCAUUCUGCAGAAUUUGUGGACAUGAACUGGACGGGGACUAUCAAGGACGAGACUGAUGAAAUGACACUUGGGGACUUGUGUUAAUAUUUAAGUUUUCCAAGUUUUUCCUCAAGUCUUACUCUCCAGAAGAAAGGAAUUACCUCGUCCCUCAAAACGUGAAGACUUUUAAAGAGAAACUGCUUUUCUCACAGUUGUGAAAACAUCCUCAAAGCAUUCUGGGACGUCUUCUGAGGAAGCUGCCUCAACCUGGAACCAACAGCAAAGAGCACAAGUGCAACUGUGGACAGCCACCAUUUGUUAAUUUGUCUUGUUCCUCCUCUUUCUCCUCCUCCUCUGGCACCUGCUCACCUCCAUCAUUCCUUCCCUCCUCUUCCCCCCUCCUCCCAUUUUUACCAGCGAGUGAUAAUGUGACCUUCUGCCAAAGUGCUGGAAACCAUGCCACCGUCACAGCGGGCUCCACUGUUGCUGCUACUGAAAUAGACUCAAACAAGUGCAGGGAUAGGAAGGAGGACGGGGGGAGGGAAAGGAAGAGAAGAAGGGCCAAAGGGGAGGAAAAAAGAGGGAAGAGAAAGGAGAGGAAGAAGAAAAAAAGAGAAAAACUGGAAAAGGAGAGCUGAAGCUGUAGACACGGGAUGAGUGGUGACGAGCCAGGGCUGGAUGUGGAUUGCCAACACAGGCAGUAGACUGAGAUGGGCGUUCGUCUAGGCCGCUGGAGCGACUCCCCGUGGUGGCUGCCGCUGCUGCUGCUGUUUUGUACCAUCCCCUUCUGUCCGGGUCGGCCCUUUGGGUUUCCCACGCCCUCUGUGAACGUGGCGGUGGUGUUCAGCGGCCCAGCCUACCAGACGGAGAUUAAGGGGCGUCUGAGCCGGGAAAACUUCAUGGACCUGCCUCUGGAAGUGAACCCCAUCACUGUGCUGGUCAACAACACCAACCCACGGGCCCUGCUGACCCGAAUCUGUGAUACCCUCUCCACAAACCGUGUCCAUGGCGUAGUUUUUGAGGACAACGUGGGUUCCGAGGCUGUGGCGCAGAUUCUGGACUUCAUUUCCACUCAGACAGCCGUGCCGAUAGUGGGCAUCAGUGGAGGUUCGGCGGUCGUCCUGCCAUAUAAGGGUGAGGGCUCCAACUUCCUCCAGCUGGGCUCCUCCAUCGAGCAGCAGAUCAACGGCAUGUUCAAGGUGAUGGAGGAGUACAACUGGGACAGCUUUGUGGUCAUUACCAGCCUGUACCCAGGUUAUGAAACCUACGUGGAUUACAUCAAGUCUUUCACCGACACCAGCUACUUCAUGUGGGAUCUGCAGGAUGUGCUGACCUUUGACAUGUCUGCCGACAGCACCAACGAUAUACGAGCACGGAGGCUGCUCCAGCAGAUCGACGCCCAGGUGCUGUUGGUCUACUGCUCCCAUGAAGAGGCCCAGUACCUGUUUUCUAUGGCAGCUGAAGCUGGACUUUUGGGGCCGGGCUACAUCUGGAUUAUCCCCAGCCUGGCUGUGGGAAACCCAGAUAUCCCUCCACCUGACAGCUUUCCUGUAGGGCUCAUCAGCAUCAUCACUGACCGGUGGCGAAUGAGCCUGAGGAAGAGGGUACGAGAUGGGGUGGCCAUUGUGGUGAAAGGAGUACAGAGCUUUCGGAAACAAAGAGGCUUCGUUCCUGAGGGCCAGAGUGACUGUCUUAACCCUGUCAAGCCUUCAGCUAAUAAUGAUACUCUGUUCAGGCACAUGCUGAAUGUAACAUGGGAGCACAAUGACUUCUCCUUCAACAGUAAUGGCUACCUGGUGAAUCCGGCCAUGAUAAUUAUCACUCUGGACAGAGAGAGACAGUGGGACAAGGUGGGGACCUAUGAGAUGGGGAUCCUGCAGAUGAGAUACCCUGUGUGGCCACGGUUUGGCUCCUACCUGGAGCCAGUAUCAGACUACAGGCAUCUGACGGUGGCCACGCUGGAGGAGAGGCCCUUCGUCAUUGUGGAAUCAGUGGACCCCGUCACUGGUACAUGUGUUAGCAACACCGUACCGUGCAGACGACAGUCCAACAAGACAGAGGUGAUUGUAGGUCACACUGAGCCGUACACCAAACUGUGCUGUAAAGGCUUCUGCAUAGACAUCCUGAAGAAACUGUCCCGCACCAUAAAGUUCUCCUAUGACCUCUACCUGGUGACCAACGGCAAGCACGGAAAACUGGUCAGAGGAAUUUGGAAUGGAAUGAUUGGAGAGGUGUUCUACAAACGGGCAGACAUGGCCAUCGGCUCACUGACCAUCAAUGAGGAGCGUUCAGAGAUUAUUGACUUUUCUGUGCCAUUUGUGGAGACUGGGAUCAGUGUGAUGGUGGCGAGAAGUAACGGGACUGUUUCCCCAUCUGCGUUUUUAGAACCUUACAGUCCAGCAGUCUGGGUGAUGAUGUUCGUCAUGUGUCUGACCGUCGUGGCCAUCACCGUCUUUGUCUUUGAAUACUGCAGUCCCGUUGGGUAUAACCGCAGCCUGGUCAGUGCCAAAGAUCCAGGAGGUCCCACUUUCACCAUUGGGAAGUCUGUAUGGUUGCUGUGGGGAAUUGUCUUCAACAACUCCGUCCCCAUAGAGAAUCCAAAGGGCACCACCAGUAAGAUCAUGGUCCUAGUCUGGGCUUUCUUUGCCGUCAUCUUCCUGGCUUCCUACACAGCAAACCUGGCUGCCUUCAUGAUCCAGGAGCAAUACAUCGACACAGUCUCUGGACUGAGUGACAAAAAGUUUCAAAAGCCACAGGAGCAGUAUCCUCCGUUCCGCUUUGGUACAGUCCCAAAUGGCAGCACAGAGCGCAACAUAAGGAGUAACUACCCCGAGAUGCACUCCCACAUGGUCAAAUACAACCAGAAGGGAGUAGAGGAUGCCCUUAACAGCCUCAAAACAGGGAAACUGGAUGCUUUUAUCUAUGAUGCUGCUGUGCUGAAUUACAUGGCUGGCAAAGAUGAAGGCUGCAAGCUAGUGACUAUUGGCAGUGGGAAAGUGUUUGCUACUACUGGUUAUGGUAUCGCCCUACAGAAGGAUUCACGCUGGAAACGACCCAUCGACCUGGCCCUGCUGCAGUUCCUGGCUGAUGGUGACACACAAAAGCUACAGACUGUCUGGCUAACAGGCAUCUGCCGUAACGAAAAGAAAGAGGUCAUGAGCAGCAAGUUGGACAUCGACAACAUGGCAGGAGUUUUCUACAUGCUGCUUGUUGCUAUGGGCCUGAGUCUGCUGGUUUUUGCCUGGGAACAUCUACUCUAUUGGAAACUUCGACAUUCAGUCAGAAAAUCAGAGCGACUGGACUUCCUCCUGGCUAUCAGUAGAGGCAUCUACAGCUGCUUUAAUGGAGUAGAGCAAACUGACCGCAAUGGAAGCAUGCAAAGUCCAGACAUCACUACCAACUAUUCACAAGCCAAUAUGCUUAAGAUGCUGAAGACAGCCAAGGACAUGGUGUCCUCUGCCAGAGUGGAUAACUCUCUUGACAGUGCCACCAAAACAAUCGAGAACUGGAGUAGACGUGGAGCUGACAAUGUGCGAGCUGGCCUGCCACCCAGAGUUACAACCACAGACAUGACCCAUGGCCGUCUGCCCUACAUCUCAAGCAUCACAGACAACCACUCACCGUACCCUCAGAGGGCCAUUACACCUACGUUUCCAGUUCAUUAUGGGGACACUUCUACACAACCCCUCCUGGAAAAGCCCAGAGUGGUAACCCGGCCCACACCACUCCGAUACACACUGCCCACCCGCAGCAGCCAGCAGCUGCUGGAGAGAACUCUGCCCAUCUCCAGCCUGAGCAGCCCACACAUUGCCAUCAGGGACCCUACACCCUCUGGUUCUUCAAAUCCACACCCAAGCAGCAGGCUCUACGUGGAGAACCCGGCCAGGCACUCUUCAUCCCCGUUUGUACCUUACAGGGAGUUCCAGGUACCUGACAUCUACGUGGAGCACAAAGGACCCCUAAGGAGAAAGUUCAGCUACCCUCCUGACUGUGUCAGUCGGAGAAGGAGGUCCUUCAGCUACGUGUUUGAUGCCGCAGACCCCAGAGUGAGAAGUGACUACGAUGAACCUCGAUCUUGCUUUGCUGAGUUGAGGGCCAACCACCUCCUGAACAACCACGGCCCUGAUGCAGCUGCCGUGGCCUGCACUGCAGGACACUACCCUGGUGGUAGCGCCAGCUGCAACUCCUGUAUGAAGCCCUACCUGGAGCCGGAAAUGGAUGACAUCCCACUACUGGGAAAGGACAAACUAAACCGUCGCGCCUCAUUCCUCAAAGCCACAUGGGGCAACGAUAGAAUCCAUCAAGUAGAUGAGACAAAGCCCUCCACAUCCACAGCUCCCUCCACCCGAGCAGACAUGCCUGACCUGUUUCCGCGGGUGGUGGGACCCAACCCAAAGCCUCACAAGCUGUACGGCAGUCUGGGGCACAACCUAACCUGCUACCCCAUGGCGGCUGAGCCUGCCUACUUGGACCCAGCUCAUAUGGGUUCCUAUCCCUAUAAGCAAAAGCUCAAAUACUCCGAGUCCACCCGGCUGCCCUCUUACAGAGAGGCAAUCCUGCAGAAUGCUGCUGCCCUGCGUCGCUCCUCCUCAACAGUGGUGCACAGACAUUACUCCACCUACCUGAACUCAUACACAGACUUACCAGUGUACGUGGGGCCACUGGCACAAGGACCAUCCCAGUUCUAUAAUGGUUCAAAGGACAUGUGCCACCUGUUUCCCUGUACCAGCCACUGCCCAGAUAAUGCAGCAAUGCUGCCUCGUAUGAGUGACAGGCCGGUGGUUUACAACAACAGUGUGUUUGGAGCUUAUGAUGGUUUAGGAAAGAGGGACAACCUGCUUUCUGGGGGCAGAGAGCGGAGGCAGGUGUUGGUUGCACGAAGAGUCAACAGUCCCUAUGUGCCAAAGCCCUGGGGCAGGGUAUCCAGCCUGGAGUCUGAGGUCUGAAUCUCUUUACUUCACUGACUGAGCCCCUGUGAGGAGGGGAAUGCCUGGAGGCUCUCCCCUCAGCCUCUGGUCAAAGCAAAAAUUUUACUUUACACCAAUAGUGUAUUUGAGAGUGUUUACUCUUAAUUAUCAGUGCAAUAACAUUCUGGCCAGCAAAAUUUUAAGAAGAAGACACUCAAAAGCAAAUUACUGCUGGGACUUUGUAAGCCAAACUUAUAAUACUACUUAAAAAAAAUAAUAAAAAAAGGAAAUGAUAAGUAUUUAAUACAUAAGAAUUUAACCUGUUGUUAUUUAAAGGAUUUUUAAUGCUGUGUUGGUUUGUGAAAGAAUUCUGGGAGACAAUAUACUGUAGCCUCUCAUUCUGAUUACAACUUAAUACUAUUUUUUCCCCUGAAGUCAUUUCCGUACCUACCAUGUCAACUGACUAAAUUAUUCAGAGUAUUUUGUGAUCAAAGCACUGAUGUCUUCCGCAAUUUUUUCAAAGUCCCCGACUUUGGGUGAACCAUUGCUCUGAGACUUUCUGAUCAUUAAUGUAAUCUCAUUGCACUUUUAAAAACGGGAAACGCAUAUAAAGUAUGAUGUGUAUUUCCAUUGUUACACUACCCUUUAAUAAAGAAAAAGGCCAUCUGAAGGGCCUUUUGGAAUCA